AUAUGGCACAGGGUAUGUAUAUCUGACAAAUAAGAAAACAUUUUACAGUAAUUAAGCAGUGCUUAAUAAGAUGGAGUAUAGACUACAUAUACUAAAUGUUAUAGUUAUUGUAACAGUUUUAUUUGGUGUGAAUGCAAAGAGAAAUGUGGCCAUUCUUAAAUGUGACAAUAUACGAGUUGGUGAAGACAUUCAUGUCACAAGCAACCAACCAUUGAUUGUACCUGCCGACUGUAACAAGGGACAAAUUCAGUGGCAUUUACCAAACAAAGACACGCACCUGCAAGUCCAGUUCCUGAAUCAGAAUGCACUUCAUUGCUUCACUAGUCGAUAUCCCUCAGCUUUCGCCAAGUACUCUGUGAUUUUAAACAACGAAAGCAUGACACCAUAUAGAGGAAACACGCCUUGUUUCUCAGCGUCAAACGUGGAAGUGGCCGUUGCUACAAAUCGCAGACAAUUUGCCAUAUUUAUUGACUUUGAAACUUGAAAACUUUUAAAGCAGGAAUGUGCCUGAAAUCUAUCCGAAAUCCACAAAAAUAAUACAUAGAUAACAUAUACAUAUAAUUUUAAUGUGCCUUUGAUUUAUAAUAAAAUACAC